AUGCACACGAGUCGUCCUUUGCAGUUUCACAUCGUUUGUACAGAGGAUAACGUGCCGUACCUGGAGAAGAAGUUUGCUCUGUUCACCAAGCCGAUGUACAGCGUCGAGGUGACGUUCUACCCAGUGACCAUCGACCGUCUCUUUGAGCGGCUCAACCGCGCCAACAUGGGCCACAAUCCCGCACAGCGUAGCAAACUCCUUCUUCACGAGAUACUUGUCGACGUCGAGAAGGUCAUAUUCAUCGAUACCGAUAUGCUGUUCGUCGUCGACCCCUACGAGCUUUGGAAGAAUUUUGACGCCUUCGACGAGAACACUAUCAUACAAUUCCCUACCCUUGGUCCCAAGUCUCAUGCGGGUCAAGUAUGCAGCUGUGUCAUGCUCAUGAACCUUACACGAAUGCGAAAUCCUUCGGCGAUGUUCGUUCCCUCUUCGCUUCUCCCCCAAACAUCGAUCACCGCUCUCACCGUCAUGCCAUUUGCUCGGGCUUCCCUCGAAGGAGUACCCAAUCCUUUCAAUCCCUCCGAAAACAUCCCCUUGGACCCAUCACAACCCACACCGUUCGGAGACCAAGACAUCUACCACGUCGUUUGGUAUUACCGAAAGGAUCUCAUCAAACAUCUCUCACUCCGAUGGGACGUCAGCUUCUGCCGAGGAAAUCAUCAAGGUCUAUCUUUGGGUCACUGGGACGAGAAUCCCAAGGAUGAAGACAUGACUGAGGCUGAACAGAUCAGACAGCAAAGCGAUCUAGACGGAAGUGGCGAUGAGCACUCUGUGCUCAGCCCUGGCAUCCUUCAUUUCAACUGCCAAAACCAAGGGGGCGAGAACGUCUGGUUAAACCAAGAUAACCAUGUUAAAGGGGCUCCGACAGGUAAUCCGACAUAUAACAACUACGUUACGGGCAAAUUUGGUCCAUGGGUCACAGCUGCGGUGCGGUAUAAGUGGACGUGGCUAAAUCGUGGUGACGGCUCAACUAAGGUGACGAUCCGUGUUAUGAGCGAUCUGAGAUGGUGGGACGAGCGGUUAUUGCGCACCCAAAAUCUAGAGGAAUAUUGA